AUGGAUAUAGACUAUCCGUCCGGGUUGGAUCCGUAUGCUGCCCGCCAACACUUGCUCCAUCAUACCUAUUCCCCGCUAAUCUCAGUGCAAGCGUCGCACAACGCAGACCUUCACAUCCAACGAAGUUUAAACAACAGUAAUGUGUCAUUUCUCCAAUUCGUAAAGCCAUACGGCAACAACGCUAGAUAUAGUGUACCUGGGCAGACGUUCAAGAUUACUAAUACUCAAUUGAUCACCAAGCUAUACCCCUCCUUCCCCAUCAGAUUUGAGCUCUCUUUACCGGAGCUACUUUCCAUAACCAGAGCUAACAGCCUGCAACUGCAACUGCAGUCGGCCAGUGCAUCUUCCGCUAAAAGCAGCAAUGCCUCAGACUCUACGCUUCUACCAUUGUUCUCAAUAUCAUCCUUGGAGUUAUUGUUGAAGCAUAGGGCCAAGGAAAAGCUGGAGGUGGACACCGCUGGCGACCUCGACGAAGAUAUUUAUUUGAACUUCUUCACAAAGAUCAUCACUAGCAAUAAACUAGUGCCCUUUGAGACAUUCAAUCAUCCUAUAUCACAGGUGUUUGCUAUAGAUUUCCACAACGAUACCAUUGAUGACCUCAGGAAGCUAAUUGUUGAUUUCAGAAACUUCAACUUCCCCAAGUUCUUCCAGAUUGAUGACUUGUUGAUACAUGUUUUCAUAUUGUAUGAUCCAAAUGUGGGUGAGCUGAAGGAUGUGAUUGAAUUUCAAAAUAAUGUGAAGAAACUCUUGAGCGUACUGAGUACCUUGAUGGCUAUACCUCAAGGGCAAAUCGACCUAGAAGGUGAGAGUGCUGUGUCAGUCACAAUUAACGAAAACUCAACCAUUGAAGAAGACCUUCAGAGGAUAUCAUUGAGCCAAGGUAGCGAAAGUCUCAAAGUCUCUCAUUCCAUCGAUUUAAUGAUAAAGAAGCGCCUUUAUGAGUAUAUCAACAAAUUCAUAAUCCCGCACAUGGAGAAGAAGAUUCGAGUGUGGGACGAUCUGGUGUUAUCGCCUAAGAAAUCAAUCACGGGUAGGUUUUUCUCCGUUUCUAAGUUGUUCUUCAAUAAUAACAGUAACAGUAAUAAAAGCAGCCCAGAGCCACAAUCUUCCUCAUCUUCGAACUCAGCAGCUUCCUCGUUCAACUACCAGGAAAAUUACUAUCACAAAUCAAGUCCAGAGCAAACAAUAAGAAAGCUAGCAGACUGGUCAUUGAUAUUGAAGGAUUUCAAAUAUGCAUACUCCACGUACGACUUAAUUAAAAAGGACUACACCAAUGACAAAGCUUGGGUAUAUGUGGCUUCUACGCAAGAGAUUUGUAUUGUAUCUUUGUUGUUGGCCCAGACACAACAACUGAACCAAAAUCCAAACUUACAGGAGGAUUCCACCCCGCCACCCGGGGCCUCGCAACAGCAACCUAUAACCUCUGCUGUGCCUGAUCGAAAUACUUUCCGCAAGAUCAGACACGACAUAAUCGAGCCGUACUGUGACAAUCUCCUUUACACAUUCAAGUCGAGGUUCAAUCUUCGAAGUUACGGUAUUAAGGCUUUGCUUGUAUUCGUCGAACUUCUCUUGUGUCUUUCCAUGCAUCAAAAUUCUUCGUGGUGGUGGAACGAUUUGAUCGAGAAGUACUUGUUCAAGUGCAUUGACGAUUUUGAGAGGCAUUUGGUGAACGGGGGACAAGUCAUACGGGCAUUGCUCUUUGAAAGGCUUGGAUAUAGUUUUGGGAAGUGUGUCUACCUUGGGCAAAUAGAGACCAUGAGAUUGGUCGAAAGGAGGCAGAGAGAGGUUAAAGUUGAGGUAGAAGAAGGAAUGUAUAUGAACCCUCACAAAAUUCGUAAUAGAGAUGUGCAUUUCUCCGGACUAACGAAAUAUAAGAAAUCUUCGCUAUGGUACCUCCUCUCCAUUAGAGAAUGGCUAGAGUUGAAGAACUACAAGCAGGUAGGCUACUUGAUCCAGAAUAUCCAGUGUCUGUUCAAUAUCAAAGAGUUGACUAACCAGUGGUACGACAGAAAUGAUUUGUUGUUAGGGUUUGCAAAGAGAUGUUUAAUUGAAGCAAAGGAAAGCGAUGAAUCUAAAGUGGGGCCUGAUCAGAACGAUCAGACUCAAUUAGAAGGUACUUAA